GAUUAAAUGCACUGAUAAAUUGAGCAUCCUCGGUGCCAUAAUCGAUGGCAAACGGGAUAAUGAAACCCAUAUUCGUAGGCGCAUGCAACUCGCGGGACAAAGAAUGGCAAGGCUACAGAAAGUUUGGAACUCGCAUGAUGUAAGCCUGAGACAGAAGUUUAUUAUUCUCCGAAGUGUGGUAUUCUCGAUAUUAUUAUAUGCUAGCGAGUGCUUUGCCCUGAGCAAAGAUGAGACGGAGAAAUACUGUGCAUUCUACAACAAGUGUAUACGGAGGGUGUUGCAUAUAUCGCCUUCGUCGCACACCACAAACCGCGAAAUCUGGAGAAGGUCUGGUUGCCCUGAUUGUCACAUAGUCCUUAGAAUGCGUCGCUUGCGUUGGUAUGGCCACAUCCUUAGAACACCCCCCGCAUCUCUAGUGAACAGACUGCUGUUGUGGGAUCCGGCAUAUCAUUUGGGAGCUCAGAUAAGCGGGAGAAAGCGGGAAGGUUGGAUGGAUCUCAUAGCAGAGGAUUUGAGAGUGGCGAGUCUGUCGCGAGGAGAUGCUCAGGACCGAGUUCUCUGGGAGAGAAGGAUUAAG